UUUUCAGAAAUUCUCUGCAUCAAAUGACGUCAUUUUAUUCCAGGCAUACGGGUCCAUUGCGUCAUUAUCCAACAUGUCUGCGUCCAUGGUAAGAUUGAGCCGCCAGGUUCGCAUUGUUUCAAGAUGUCAGAGGCCACAUCCCUUCCUAACUUCAGUCAAUCAUAAUGGAGACACAUUCAUAAAUGACCAGCUGGAUGUCAGGUUAACUCAGGCGAGAUGUUACGCCCAGCAGUCUCAGAGGAAAGGCUUUAUUUCUGGUUUCAUUGAUAACAUCAAACAGGAAAUGAACAAAAACAAAGAGAUGAAGGAUAAUAUCAAGAAGUUUAGAGAGGAGGCAGAAAAACUUGAACAGUCAGAUGCCUUACAAGAAGCAAGAAAGAAAUUUGAAAAUUUAGAGAAGGAGACAGCUCGAGGAUCAGCAGCAGUUAGACAUACUUUUGAUGACAUCAAGGAAAAAGUAUCGAAGGGAGUAGAAGAAGCUCAGAAGCAGGAAUGGGUAAAGAAAGGAAUUGAUGACCUUUCAAAGAGUGCUAAAGGUGCUGCAGAGAGGGUCAGUAAAUCAGGAGAGGAAAUCAGUCAAAGUGCUGCAUUCAAGACUAUUUCACAGAGUGUUAAGGCAGUAAAAGAGGAAAUAGAUGAGAGUACAACAUCCAAGGCAAGGCCUUACAGGGCACCAACUCGGUUACGAAAAAGAACAGAAGGCUUAAAUACAGAAGAUGGAAUGACAAAGACAUUUGAAGCCAAUGAAGAUGCAACUGGUGUGGUACUACACAAGGAUUCUAAAUGGUAUCAACAAUGGAAGAACUUCAGUGAAAAUAACCAAGUAUUUAAUAAGAUGUUUGACCUCAAAAUGCGUUAUGAUGAAAGUGAUAACAUUAUGGUUCGUGCUUCAAGAGCUGUUACAGACAGAGUUAGCCAGCUAUUAGGAGGAGUAUUCUCACCCACUGAGAUGUCUGGGGUCCUGACAGAAAUCAUUAAAAUAGAUCCUUCUUUUACCAAGGAAGGCUUUCUUAAAAUGUGUGAGCAUGAAAUUAUACCAAACAUUCUAGAGGCAAUGAUAAGAGGAGAUCUAGAAAUUCUAAAAGACUGGUGUUAUGAAGCUCCGUACAAUCAGCUAGCUACACCAAUCAAACAAGCCACAGCCAUGGGAUACAAGUUUGAUUCCAAAAUAUUAGAUGUUGACAUGGUAGAGCUCUCUAUGGGUAAGAUGAUGGAGCAAGGUCCUGUGUUAGUGAUAAGCUUUGUAGCACAACAGAUUAUGGCUGUUAGGAAUGCUAAGGGUGUUGUAGUCGAAGGAGACUUGGAGAAGGUGAUGAGGGUAACAUACGUCUGGGUUUUAUGUCGAGAUCAGGAGAUCCUAGAUCCUUCAUCAGCCUGGCGCCUUUUAGACAUGUCUGCUCAUUCUGCUGAACAAUGGGUCUAAGUCAUAUAGGACUUCUUCUGUACCUCAAAUGCAGUAUUUGCAGCCCAGCCAGAGAACGGGUCCAGAUGCAGCCACCCUCAGAGAAUUGGUCAAUAUAGUGAGCUACAUACCAGCUCCCAAAACUGAAUUUGAUCAUGAUAUAGGGGGUUUCCUCAUGACAUCAGCAAUGGAGAACAUAACAAUUAGAAAGCUGUGCAUUAGAUCAUAAAAAUUAUGAUUGAUCACAUAUUAAUGCACAGGUGCUUAUUGUUUGCCUUACAACAUGGCUUGUUGUGGAAUCCUCUACACUGAAUGAAAUAGGAAAGUGACUUCAUGUAAAUUUCACAUUUCCAUGAGUAAUCUUACAGUGCAUACGUUAAUAUUAUUCAAGAUGAAGAUGAUGAUGGUGCCAGCUGCAAAAAUAUUGAGAUUAUCAAAUUAAAAUUAGUAUAAUUAUAUGGUUGGCCGAGUGACACUAAAAUGUGAUACAGGAGUGUAGCAUUGCAGAUUGUUCUACCCAAUUCAGCCAGGUUCUGUGAUUGACCGAAUUCUGUUUCAUUUUAGAUGAAAAUCAAUGAACAUAGAGGGCGUCAACACGUGAUCAUUAUGAGGAAGUUCCUCUUUGCUAAAACUUUCUACCCCCCCCCUCCUUGUGCCUGAGUUGAGGUGGUUUGCAGGGUUGGUAUAUUUGUUUGUGCAGCAUCAUUUAGCAGAACGUAUCAACCUCGCAAAUAACGGAAUAUGUUGAUAUGUAAAAUCAUAUCAUACUUAUUUUUAGAUCUUUUUUUAAAAUACAUAAAUGAGAAAA